UUCUCCCCUCUUCUGUCUGUGUCCCGGCUGCACUCUGCUCCUCACCAGCUAGACUGUCUGCCUGGGCUGUGUGUGUGUCUGUGGAUGUGUGAGACAGUGUGUGUGUGUGUGUGUGUGUGUGUGUGUGUGUGUGUGUGUGUGUGUGUGUUGUAGAGAGUGUGUGUGAGUCAAUUUAAAAAAGCGUCUUCAGUUACUUUGUUUCCUGACGGAGGAAGAGUUUAGAGAAGUGAGGACAUGGUGAUGAUGGUGAGGAUGAUGAUGGGCUUCCCUCAGCCUCCGUGGGCUCAGGUGAGCCCUGGGCUCCAGUCUGAGUGCUAACCAUGCUGCGGCAGUCCGACCCAAACUCCAGUACCCUGCAGCUGGUUGCUAAUGAUAUGACCGACAUCAUGGAGAAGCUGGACACCCACGAGCUGGACCUGGAAGAUGGAGAGUACGACACAACCGACACCACCACUCCAGCCGAUCAUUUACCUUUCACGGCAAUCUACAAGACGGUGGGUUUUAAGGAGUCCAGGGCCCAAGUGUUCCUGUCUUCACCGAUCACUGCUAAGAUCCUGGAGGUGGAGCGCUUCACCUCUGCUCAGGACCGCUUCAACGUCACCACGCAGAGGAGCAUCAACAAGUCGAUGCCGGCGGUGUUUAAGAUCGAGUUGAAGCACGGGGAGUUCACGUGGCUGGUGAAGAGGAAGGAGAAACACUUCAUGGAUCUGCACAGAGAGCUCAGGACAUACAAGACGUUCAUGAAGCUCCCGUUGCCCACACGCAGUCACACAGUGAAGAGGCAGUCGGCAGCAGAGGGGGUGAGACACAUGCCCACCCUGCACCGAGGAAGAGGAGAUGAGCUGGGCAGAGAGGAGCAGGUUUCCAGUCGCAGGAAACAACUAGAAGAUUACUUGAAUAACCUGCUGAAGGUGCCAAUGUACAGAAACUACCAUGCAACGAUGGAGUUCAUUGAUGUUAGCCAACUGUCUUUUAUCCACGAUCUGGGACCAAAAGGCUUAGAAGGGAUGGUGCAGAAGAGAUCCGGCGGUCAUCGUGUUCCCGGGAUGAACUGCUGCGGUCGCAGUAAAAUGUGCUACCAUUGGUCCAAACGCUGGCUGGUAGUGAAGGACUCGUUCCUGCUCUACAUGAAGCCGGACUCUGGUGCGAUCUCUUUUGUGAUGCUAGUUGACAAGGAGUUCAGCAUCAAGAUGGACUCCAGAGACACAGAGACCAAACACGGCGUUCGCAUCGACAGUCUGUCCAGGUCGCUGUUGCUGAAGUGCAGCAGCUACAGACACGCCCGCUGGUGGGGUCAGGCCAUUGAAGGCUUCGUCCAGAAGCACGGCUCAGCCUUUCUCACCGACCACCGCUUCGGAUCCUUCGCCAGAGAGGAAGUUAACAUCCCUGCCAAAUGGUAUGUGAAUGGGAAGACGUACAUGGAAGAUGUGGCCGAUGCUCUUGAAGCGGCCAAAGAGGAGAUAUUCAUCACAGACUGGUGGUUAAGUCCAGAAAUCUUCCUAAAGAGGCCGGUUGUCGAGGGCAACCGCUGGCGUCUGGACUCCAUCCUGAAACGAAAAGCGGAACAAGGAGUGCACAUCUUUGUGAUCCUGUACAAAGAGGUGGAGUUAGCUCUGGGCAUUAAUUCAGGAUACAGCAAGAGAACUCUCCGGCACCUCCACCCCAACAUCAAGGUGAUGCGUAAUCCAGACCACGUCUCAUCUGCCGUCUACCUGUGGGCGCAUCAUGAGAAGAUCAUCAUCGUCGACCAGUCGGUGGCCUUCGUUGGUGGGAUUGACCUCGCGUACGGUCGGUGGGACGACAGGGAACACCGGCUAACGGAUGUCGGGAGUGUGACACUCUCACAUUUGGAGCAAGCUGAAGCUGUCGCUCCCAAUAUGGCUGCCCCUGCUAACGGCAGUGGCGGGGUUUCCCAGCGCAAUGGGAAUGGCGUGUUUACGGUGACAGACUCGGUGGAUCAGCCCAAGCUGAAGGGUCAGGGGAGGUUGAAGAGGACCAGGUUUAGUAUCAAGAGACACCUACAGAAACACGGGCUUGCCAGCGCUGACAGCGACAGUGACCUGGAAGACGAAGCCAAGAGCGGCUCAGUGCGUAGUCUUCAAACCGGGGUGGGAGAGUUGUUUGGAAACACGCGCUUCUGGCACGGAAAAGACUACUGCAACUUUGUGCACAAGGACUGGAUUCAGCUGGACAAACCGUUCGAUGAUUUCAUAGACAGACACACAACUCCCAGAAUGCCUUGGCAUGACAUCUCCUCAGUGGUUCAUGGGAAAGCAGCUCGAGACGUGGCCAGACACUUUAUUCAAAGGUGGAACUUCACAAAGCUGGUGAAGCCAAAGUACAACUCGCCGUCGUUCCCGUGUCUGCUGCCCAAGUCUCACACCACCGCUGGAGAGCAGAGGUACCAAGUCCCCAACUGCAUCCCCGCCAAAGUACAGAUCCUUCGCUCAGCCUGUGAUUGGUCCGCUGGCAUCAAAUACCACGAGGAGUCCAUCCACAACGCUUACGUCCACGCCAUCGAGAAGAGCGAACACUUCGUCUACAUAGAGAAUCAGUUCUUCAUCAGCUGUGCCGACAACCGACAGGUUUUCAACAAGAUAGGAGACACUAUUGCUGAGCGUAUCAUCAAAGCAUACAGGGAGGGUAAAAGGUACCGCGUGUACGUGGUGACGCCUCUGCUGCCUGGCUUUGAGGGAGACAUCAACACUGGAGGGGGCAGCGCCAUCCAGGCUGUCAUGCACUUCAACUACAGUGACGAUGAACAGAGGGACCACUCCAUCAUCUCACAGCUCAAGAGAGAGAUGGGGGACAACUGGAUGAACUACAUCUCCAUCGCUGGUCUGAGGACUCACGCAGAGCUGGAGGGAAAACUGGUCACCGAGCUCAUCUACGUCCACAGCAAGAUGCUGAUCGCAGACGACAACACCGUCAUCAUCGGGUCUGCAAACAUCAACGACAGGAGCAUGCUGGGAAAGAGGGACAGCGAGGUGGCGGUGAUUGUAGAGGACUCGGAGAUGGUGACGGCUGUGAUGGAUGGUCAGGAGUACCAGGCUGGAAAAUACGCCCUGCAGCUCCGCCUCGAGUGCUUCAAGAUGAUCCUCGGCGCUCACACCGAUCCCUCCAUCGACGUGUCAGACCCAAUCAGUGAUCAAUUCUAUAAGGAGGUGUGGAUGGCCACCUGUGCUCGCAACGCCACCAUUUACCAGAAGGUUUUCCGUAGUCUGCCAUCCAGCGAUGUCCGUAACAUCUUCGAGCUGGAGGGCUUCCUCGCCAAGCCGGGCCUGGACAAGGAGGACCCGAACAAGGCUAGGGAGGAGUUGAAGAAGAUCCGCGGCUUCCUGGUCCAAUUUCCUCUUCAGUUCUUGUGCGAGCAGAAUCUGCUUCCUCCCAUGGGCUCCAAGGAGGCCAUGGUGCCCAUGGAGGUGUGGACCUGAGAGCGAGAGAGAGAGAGAGCCUCAACCGUGAGUUCAUGUGUUCAGGCGCAGCAUGCUGGAGGAUGACAGGUCCAAUUGUGCACUCUGAUGCCAUUUUAGAAGUCUUUGCGGCUAAAACGGCUUUUAAACGUUUUUUUUGUUUUUUUUUAAAUCACAGCUUGAAGGAAAAUCUGCUGUUUAAGUGUCAAAGUGUUUUUUAGUUAAAAAAAACAACAAAAAACUGCUCUGAUAUAAUGUGUCUGUGGCUUUUAGUCACUUGUUAGCACAUAGAUAUCUACACUAAAGAGAUUCAGGUGUGUUUGCCCUGAAUUCAGGCUGUCAGGCACAUUUGUCCUUUAAAUCUUUGUCCCACAGGAGUUUCCAGCUCCUGGUCUGCAGGCUCUUGGUUGCUCAUUAACUAUUUUCUGCCACAAAAAAACGAAUAUAAUAAUUAGAAUUCUAACUUUGAUGUUACUGCAUUAGAAGCGUCAGGUUUUUGCUGUCCAUAAGAGCUUCUAUUAUAAGUCCGACAACUUAAUUAUACUGCUCUGCAUUAAAAAAAAUACUUUAAUGUUGGACCUCUUCACACAUGCAGGAUUUGAUUGCACGAUUUAAACCCUCCAAAACUUUUAAAAUAAACUCAAGUUCUGAUAGUUUAGCUUGAUGAAAAGGUUUGGGGUCCGAGAGGACAGUGUGCCUGCAGGACUGAACCCAGGGUGGACAACACUUGGUUUUAUUAGAAAAGAGACUGUAAUCUAAAGAGUUUUCUGCCUUAAAUUGCAGCCAAAAAUGAAUUCCAAAAUGGCAUCAGGUGUGGGUGUAAACUGUCUCUGUAACAGCAGUGCCACUGAAUGCACAAGAAUAAUGGGAAACUUACAACACUGGCAAGGAAUCAUUGGAAAGACAUGAAGAGUGACUAAACUUAUUACAUUUUAAACAAAUGGAACAUGCAAACAAACGUGAAUUCAAACCUGGAGAGAAGUCAACCAGCAGACGAGCUUUGGACUCUAGCGUGCCUGAACACCCCGGGCCUCGUGUUUACAAGAAAACAGCUCACUCCUUCAUUGUCUUCAUAACACUAUGCAACGUUCAGGUCUGGCAAACGCAGCUCUGACUCUUCUGUGAUAAGAGAGGACGGUUUGAGAGACACUAAAAGACACUUUACCGGAGAGGAGAGAAGGGGGUGAAGAGCUGGACGGAGCUGUCAGCCAUUUUUAAAAAACCUUUGAUAUCUCUGAACUCCUGAUUUUAAUAUUUAUGUCAAACAUGAAAUCACAAGUGCCAAAGGCGAUGAUGUUAACAGUAAGUACAUUCAUUUACAUUCCUCAUACUGUGGAUCCAACCUUAAGUGACCUGUUUUAUGCUCUGAUCUGGUCUUUGUAGUUCAUUUGUGGGCUUUAUUUUCUUGUAGUUUAAUCAUAUUUUCCUGGGAAGUCUCUUUCAACACUAGAGUUCAACAGGAAUUGUGAUAAAUAAAGUUGAGUAAAAAUGAAGUGAAAAACAAAUAUUGUAGACUUUAUCCCCCUCUCUGUAAGAGUGUGUAUGGAUUUGUCUUUCCAUCAAACUGCCAGGAAAUUACAGUCAAAUAAAACGCUACCGUUCUCUUUUGAGCCACAUUUCCCACAGAUUCAUGCAUUCAUUUUUACGAGUUAUUAAGAUCCUGGGUUUCAUUCAUUGUCAAAGGCAGAAAUCCCAAAGCAAGAGCAAACUGAUUCGUUUAAGAUGGCUGUUUUCCUCUGAGGUUACGUUCAGGGUGGGUGUUUUUAUAAUGCUGCACUACUUUAGUUCAGGAGUUUUGCUGAUUGUAAAAAAAAAAAGAAGGGAAUCUGAAAUUUAGUCAUUAUAUCACAGCUCCUUAAUGGCCCGAUGUUCCUCUUCUUUACGCUUUUAUUGAAUUUUGCAGUGGGGAAUCAUCAGGAAUCUAUGUGUAUCAAUUUCUACACGUUCAUUACUUGAAAACCUGUGACUUCUGGCAAAUGUGUCUUAUUGAAAGUUUCAUCAAUAGAAUCUUAUUUUGCUAAUUGGGAGCUUUUUAACAAACUAAACACAAUAAGAGAGCUCUGGAAAUGAAUCAUCACAGGAAAGUAGUGAAUAAAUUGUGUAGAUGCAUGUCUGCUCAUGGGGUCUGUUGUGGGGUUUUUGAACCUUUUUGCUGUUUUUGCUGGAAACAGCUGCCUGCAGCAUCUAAAUACAAAACAAAAACAGUUCAUGUUGCUUGAAACAAAAACUGUACAGUAAAAGACGCCAAAACAGACUCAGUGAUUUCAAGAGGAGCUGGGGAGCCUGUGAUAAAUCUUUGUGUGAUCAUCACUGAGCAUAAGCACACUGUUAGCUCUAGCAACAACACUAUAAGCACACUGUUUCUUCACAGAGUAGUUCUUACGUUUGGCCUAAAACGUCACUCUAAACUCAUAAUGAAUUUAAGAUCAAUCUUCAUCUGCUGCAUCUGAAAAUAUCCAUGCUGAUAGUUUGUUACUUUUGAAUUCACAGUUUGUUUCUACUGCCCCCAUGUGGACAAAAAGUCAAAUUUAUUGGUACAACAGUUACAUUUUGCAUUAAUUUAUUAUAUCUUACUCAAAACCAUUUCAAAGUUAGAAACAGUGGUACCAUGUUCACAUCAUGGUUAUCAGAAUCUGUCAUAUAGAAACCUCCUGGGUGACUUCAUUUCUGGAAUGAAAACUCAAACAGUUGCUUCUGGAUUUCUGAUUUUCUGACAUUUCUGGAAUGCAGCAUCUUUACUCGUCGGUGUCUUCCUCUUUGGUCUUUAAAAUGAAGUGCAUGUGAUUUUUUUUGUGCAAUAUAUUGUACCUUGAAAUGAUGCGUGCAGCAUGUCAGCAGCUCUUUGCCAUUAAACAUUAACAGAUAAAAGCAUGAAUCCUGUGAGCUAAACGAUUGCCUUUAAAGCCAUGAAUAUUAUUGUAUUCUAAACUCUGUGCCUGUCUUUAAGCUGUGGGUCUGCAAGAUACACCUGAAUGCUUCUCUACUUUUAAUAUUUAUGGAUGAUCGGACCUUAAAUGUGCUCUUUUUUUGUUGUAUUCUUCUUCUCUACCUCUGUGGGUUUCUACCUCCUGCUCCAGUCCACAUUUUUAUUGUUUGUGAUGGAUUAAGAAAAAUCAGGAAUAUUUGCAGCUUUGCCCAAAAUUGACCAAGUGAAGUCCCCUAAAAAAGCAUAUAAAACACUGUGGUGUGCACAAAUAGUCCGUUUCAAUCUAAAAUGAAAUAUAAAAACAACAAAACGAUCAAUUCAACCUCUAGAGGUGUAAGUUAAAUAGCUAACGAAGGUGAUUUUGAAUUACAUUUGUUGAUUAACUUUUUUUGUGCAUCCAAAAAAAAAAAAAUUUGAAUUGAAGCCAAAAUGUGGAAAUAGUUUUAAAUAGUUUUAUAGGUGCAGUUUCCAGGUGGAGCAUUAAAAUAAAUAACAAAUGUUUUGCACCUGGUGUAAAUGGGCCUUAAACCUUUAAAAGCAUUGUCCUCCCUCCUGGGCUGCAGAGGUUUGAAAAACACUAACCUGUCCUGUUAUUUUCUCUGGCUUGAGUCACUGUGUCUUUGUAUGAAAAUGCACUAUUUGCACAGACUGUUGUUUGCUUGUUUUGAUCCAUUAAUUGAUCUGCAGUAUCACGUCAUGUGAAGUUUAUUUGUGAAAUGAUGGAAUGAAUAAAUUAUGUAUUGAUAAAUCAUUAAAAUGGAUCAGUCUGAA